AAUGUCAAUUUCAUCAUCAAAUUCAUACACACCAAUACCAUAAAGAAAACCAUGGACCACCAAGGAGGAUGAACUGUUGACAGAACUUAGAAAAAACAACAAUUUAGAUUGGAUUGAGGUGGCAAGAAGAAUUGAUGGAAGAAAUCCAUCAUAAUGUGCAUAGAGAUGGAAACGAAUAAAAGGAUUCAAGUUAAGAAAGUAAUGGACUGAAGAAGAAAAUCAAAAACUUAUUGACUUAGUUGCUAAAUUUGGUUAUCAUUGGAGUAAAAUUAGUUCUUUUCUUCCAUAAAGAACUGGAAAGCAGAUAAGAGAACAUUAUCUUAACUAAUUACAUCCAGAUAUUAAUAAUUAACCAUGGAAUAAGGAAGAAGAUGAAAUAGUAGUAGAAUUUUAUAAAAAGCUUGGUGGUAAAUGGAGUCAGAUUAGCAAGCAUUUAAAUAACAGAUCAGAAAAUAGUAUAAAAAAUAGAUUCUAUUCCUACUUAAGAAACAAAUAUCUAAACAUUAAAAACCCAUAUUACAUUGUACCUGAAAAAAAAUAAAAGUUAAAUGAAUCCAAUUAUUGUGAAUAAAAAUAAGAAAAGCAAAUAACUAAUCCAAUAAAAUAAGAAUCUUCGUUUUAAACUAAUUAUUAACAAGUUCCUAAAGAAUAAAACAUGCAAUUGUUUAUGCCAUUAUAUCAAAAUUAGUUUAUCUAAUAUCCUAUGGCUUAUCCUUGUGCUAUGUUCAUACCAAUAUAUUUGUAUUAGUAACAAGGAUCCUAAUUAAAUUAGGUCAUGCGAUAUUGAUU